GAAAUUUCUUGACUAUUGUAAAGAAGAAUAUUGGUAUCUGCAUAAAUUUCCAUCUUCUUUAAAAUUUCUCUACAGACCGAACAAGCACCAAUAUUAUUAAAGUAUAUUACAAAGCCAUUACUAAAGGACAAGAAAAGCAGACGUUUCAUGUCUCAGACAUCAUGAUCCUUCUAUCUUAAUCUUUUCCAUUUUCUCUCUCUGUAAAAUCCAAAUCCCAUAGAUCUUUAUGCACUUGCAUUCCUCACUCACAGCAUGGAGAUCACGAUUAUAUCAGCCGAAAAUCUUUGCAUGAACGGAAAACCAAUAAGAAAAGACACAUACGUUGUUGUUCACACGCAAUCAUGCACCAAAUUCUUUACAACCAGGACAGAAGAAGAGGGUGGGAGCAACAACCCAUCAUGGAACGAGAAGUUCUUGGUUGAUGGAGCCAACUGCAUCACGUUAGAGGUGCAAUGCAAGACAUGGCUGGGUGUUAAAAGUGUGGGAGCAGCACGAAUAGCAGUUUCUGAGUUUGACCUUGGAGGGUUUGUUUCAGAAAAUAGCUUGCAGUUGUUGAGUUAUAGGCUUUGGGAUGAGAAGGGUAACAGAAAUGGGGUCAUCAAUUUCUCAGUGAGGGUGGUGAAGGCACCACAGGAGCGUGAAUCUUCGUGUUCAAUGGUGGAGAUUGAAAAGAAUUCAAGAGGGUUUGGGAAACAAGUGACAAUGGGUGAGAAUGAUGCUGCAGGAACUGUUACUGGGGUUCCUGUUUUCUGGAAUUUCCCUCUCAAUAUUCCAAGAUGAAUGUUUUUGUUUUCUUCUUGAUUUGGUUAACAGUAAUUUAAGCAUAUUGACAAUGGUUUAGUUUCUGACACUAGUUGUAGAAAAGGUAGAGUAUUUUACUAGUUUGUUCACUUUGUUGACCUCUGCAUUUCGGAUGUUAAUAUUAGUCUCUUUAACUGUACACGGAUGAAUGAGUUUAUAAUGUACCAAAAAAAAACAGUCAAUGUUUGUAGAGAAAAAGUUAGCUUUUAAAAUUUUUUGUGUAUGUUCUACUUCCAACACGUGUUAUUUUGAGCACACAAAAGAAAUUUAGUAAGUCAUAUGAUCAAAAUAAAAGAGAAAUAAGUGAAGUGUAAGAUGAGUACUUAAAAAUUGAGAUACAAAAAAUGGGUGUUAAUAGAUUGUAUUUCCAAACAUCAAAUUUAGGAGGAUGAUUGUUGGACCAAGACCAUCUUUUAG